AUGCAGUUAAAAUAUUUGCGAACUCUGCUUGAGGGGCAGGAGCAAAUCCAGCGUGUGGCGGGCCUCGCCUGGUCGCCCAACCAGCAGAAGCUGGCCAUAGCCACCGCCGAUCGGCACAUUCUGCUCUACGACGAUGCGGGCGAGCGGCGGGACAAGUUCAGUACGAAGCCAGCGAAUCCGGCCAACGGCAAAAACUCCUAUGUCAUACGCGGCCUGGCCUUCAGCCCGGACUCCACCAAGCUGGCCGUGGGCCAGAGCGACUGCAUUGUGUAUGUCUACAAGCUGGGCGAGUCCUGGAACGACAAGAAGGUCAUCUGCAAUAAGUUUCCCCAAGCAGGCGCCGUCACGGCGCUCAUCUGGCUCACAACCGGAGCCAUUGUAGCGGGCCUUGAGGAUGGCAAAGUGCGCGCCCUGCACUGCAAGAGCAACAAGUCCCAGAGCCUUUAUGGCGGCGACAGCAUCUGCAUCUCGCUGGCCGCCAAUACCAAGGGCAAUGGUUUCCUCAGCGGCCACAACGACGGCACCAUCAUACGCUACUACCUGACCGAGGAGGUCAGCGAGCCACUGGGCCGCGUGGUGCAGCAUCCUGUGCCACCCUUUGCGCUCGCUUGGCCGCAGGGCGGCUUCUGUGCCGCUGGCUGUGAUCAGCGCAUUGUGUUUUAUGAUAGCAUGGGCCGUCAGCAGCGCUGCUUCGACUUCUCCCGCACCGAGGGCGAGCGAGAGUUCACUGUAGCCGCGAGCAGUCCGAACGGUCAGGCUGUUGCCUUCGGCAGUUACGACCGCAUACGAAUCUUUGCCUGGAGUCCGCGCCAGAGCGCCUGGAGCGAGAGCGCCAGCAAGGAGAUCAGCUGCCUGUACACGCUGAGCGCGCUGAUCUGGCGCAGAGACGGCGCUCGCCUCGCCUUGGGCUCGGUCAGCGGCGCUGUGCUGUUGUACGAGUCGGUGCUGAAGCGCACCAUUUGGCAGGACAAGUUCGAGCUGAUCUUUGUGGCGCCCAGUCAGCUGCUGGUGCGUUCACUGGCAGAGCCCACGCAGCAGCUGACGAUCGAGUCUCAGUUGGGCCUGGAGAUCGAUGAUGUGCGCAUCAUGGGCAAGGAUAAUUUCCUAGUGGGCCGCACCGAGGAGUCGCUCAUCCUGUGCGACCUCACGCGCAAUCUGACCAGCGAGGUGCCGUGGACGGCGUCGGGCAGGCACGAGCGCUUCUACUUCGAGAAUCUGAAUGUCUGCCUGAUCUUCAACGUGGGCGAGCUGAGCCUUGUCGAAUACGGUGACAAUCGCAUUUUGGGCUCGGUGCGCACGGAGUUCGUCAAUCCCCAUGUGAUCUCAGUGCGGCUCAAUGAACGCGGCAAUGGACGCGAGAACAAGAAACUGGCCUUUCUGCUGGACGCCAAGACCAUCUGUGUGGUUGACCUGGUCAGCCAGCAGAUCAUCGGGCAGAUCAAUCACGAGACCAAGAUCGACUGGCUCGAGCUGAGCGAGACGGCGCACAAGCUGCUCUUCCGUGAUAAAAAGCUGCGCCUGAUACUCGUCGACAAUUACAACGGCAAGAAGCAGACGCUCCUGAGCAACAUCUCCUUUGUCCAGUGGGUGCCGCAGAGCGACGUGGUGGUGGCCCAGAGCAACAGCAAUCUGGCCAUCUGGUAUAACAUCGAUCUGCCCGAGCAUGUGACCAUGCAGAGCAUACGCGGCGAGGCUAUCGAGGUGCUGCGCGAGAAUGGUCGCACUGUGGUACGCACUCAGGACGGACCCAGCGAGCACAGCUACCAGCUGGACGAGGGGCUCGUCGAGUUUGGCACAGCUGUCAAUGACAACGACUUCGGCCGGGCCGUGCACUUCCUGGAGUCCCUGGGCGACAAGCCGGCGGCCAAGGCCAUGUGGCACAACCUGGCCAUCAUAUCACUGGAGGAGGGCAAUCUGCGCGUGGCUCAGCGUUGCUAUGCGGCUCUGGGGAACGUGUCCAAGGCCUACUAUCUGACCGAGAUGAUACGGGAAGCGGAUAACUACGAGGAGACUACGGGUAAUCCGGGCAUACACUGCCCGCAGGUGAGGGCCAAGUUGGCUUUGCUGGGCUCCGAUUUGCGCGCAGCUGAGCGCAUCUACCUGGAGCAGGGCGACAUUGAAGCCGCCCUGGCCAUGUACCAGCAGCUGAGGAUGUGGGACGAGGCGGUUGCCCUGGCAGAGCGGCGUGGCUAUGCGCGCCUGGCCGAGCUGCGCCAACAGCACAUGGAUUUCCUACUCGAGACCGAGCAGCAGGAGAAGGCGGGCCAAGUGCUCGAGGACGAGGGCCAACUGGAGCAGGCCAUGGCACUGUUCCUCAAGGCCAACAAGCCGGCACGCGCUGCCCGCCUGGCCCUAAAGACGCCCCAGCUGCUGCAGGAUGAGCAGCUGAUGCUGCAGGUAACCGAGGGCCUGGUGCACAGCGAGCUCUACGAGCUGGCCGGCGACAUUGCACAUCGCCUCUCCCGACCAGAGGCGGCGUUGGCGCUGUACCGCAAGGGCGGAGCCUUCGCCCGAGCGCUGGAGCUGGCCCGGGUUGUGGCCCCUCAGGAGGUGACCGCCCUGGAGGAGCAGUGGGGCGACUGGCUGGUGGGUCGCAAGCAGCUGGAUGCCUCCAUCAACCACUACAUUGAGGCGGGCGCCACACAAAAAGCUCUCGAGGCAGCGGUGGGCGCCAAGCAGUGGCGCAAGGCGGUGCAGAUAGCCAAGGUGCUGGACGAGCCUGAGCUGAUACAGCGCUAUGCCCUGGAUCUGUCGAAGCACUUGGCCUUCGCGGGCGACCUGGAUGGCGCUGAGGAUUUGCUGGUGCGCGCCAAUCUCUACAGGGAUGCCAUCGAGCUGCUCAACCGACACGGCAAGUGGGAGCGCGCCUAUGUGCUGGGCGAGAAGUAUCUGAAGGCGGAUCAGCUGCGCGAACUGUUUGUCCAGCUGGCCAGCAGCCUGGAGGAGCAGGCCAAGUAUCGGGAUGCCGAGAAGGUAUUGAUAGCUGUCAAUGAGCCCGAUCUGGCCAUAGCCAUGUAUAAGCGCCGCGAGCUGUACGACUCGAUGAUCCGACUGGUCGAGCGCUACCACAAGGAUCUGCUGGACAGCACGCAUCUGCAUCUGGCGCGGCAGCUGGAGUCGCGCGGCAAGUUCAAGAAUGCCGAGAUGCACUUCAUCGCGUCGGGCGACUGGAAGUCGGCUGUGCACAUGUACUGCUCCUCCUCCCGCUGGGAGGAUGGCUAUCGCGUGGCCAAGCAGAAGGGCACCGAGGGCGCCAGCCAGCAGGUGGCCUACAUGUGGGCCAAGUCCAUGCCGGUGGAGAGCGCAGUGCGGCUGCUCAGCAAGCUGGGACUGCUGGAUACGGCCGUGGGCUUUGCCUGCGACUCCGGCCAAUUCGACUUCGCCAUGGAGCUGUGCCGCUUUGCCGGCAAGCCCACAGACGAGGUGCACCUGAAGAUAGCAAUGUCGCUGGAGGACGAGGGCAAGUUCGAGGAGGCCGAAGCGGAGUUCCUGAAGGCGCACAAGCCGAAGGAGGCCAUACUGAUGUACCAGCAUGCUGGCGACUGGAAGGCGGCGCUCAACGUGGCCGAGCAGCAUCUGCCGGAUGCCGUGAACGAGGUGCUCAUUGGCCAGGCCUCCGCUGCGCUGGAGACACGCAACUAUCAGGACUACGAGAUGUUGCUGCUGCGCGCACAGCGACCCGAUCUCAUUAUUGAACACUACAAGCAGGAGGCGCUCUUCGAGGACGCCCUGCGCAUCGCUGAAGAGCACUAUCCGGCCGCCCUGAAUGAUCUGCGCCGGCUGCAGGCUCAAGUGCAGCGGGGCCAGGCGCAGGGCGAGGAUGCGGGCGCCGACUCCCGCGCCUAUCUCCAGCGAGCUGCCGAGUUCGCCAAGCGGGAGCAAUUCCGCAAGGCCGCCGAGUGCCUGAUGCAGAUAGACGCCAGCAAUGCCGAGGAUGCAGCCACGCUGGAGCGUGCCCUACUGCGUGCCGCAGAGAUAGUCAAUCAGUUUCUGGAGGGGCAGGAUGCGCAGGACCUCGCCCAGGCGCUGGGACCGCGUCUGCUGGCCAUCAAGCAGAUCGGGCCGGCUGCCCAGCUGUACCUGGCCGCCGACAUGCCCAAGCAGGCGGUGGAUGUGUUCAUCCGCGCCGAACAGUGGUCGAAGGCGCGCCGCCUGGCCAAGGAGAUCGACGCCGAGCUGCUGGCCUACGUGGAGCAGCAGCAGAAGUCCCGGCUCAAGCACGAGGGCAACGUGGAGCAGCUGGCGGACAUCGAUAUCAUCAGCGCCCUGGAUCUGCUGGCCGAGCAGGGCCAGUGGCAGCGCUGCCUGGAGAAGGCCAAGCAGCUGAGUCCCUCCGUGCUGCAGAAGUACGUGGCGGCCUACGCAGCGCAGCUCAUACGCGAGGGCGACAGCGUCACCGCCUUGGGUCUCUACCUCAGCUACGGAGCGCCACCCAUCGAGGAGCACUUCAACAUUUACACGCGCAUCGCCCUCGAUUGCCUGGCGCUGCGCGAGCAGCAGGCGGAGAGCGSAGCCGUGUGGCAGCGACUGCGCGACUUUCUCUACGGCCUGCUGCAGGGGCUGCGCGGCUCGGAGCACGCUCAGUCCAAAUUCGCGGCAAAUGCCGAACAGUAUCUGCUGAUCGCCCACUACUAUGCGACGCGAGCCGCCUGCAAGCAGGUGCAGUCCCUGCAUCCGGUGGCCGUGCGUCUCUCCUUGGCGCUGCUGCGACACACGGAUGUGCUGCCCGUGGACAAGGGCUUCUACGAGGCGGGCAUGGAGCUGCGGCAGGCGGGUCGCGAGGCAGAGGCCUUCGUCAUGCUCAAUCACUACUUGGACGUGUGCGAGGCCAUUGAGGAGGGCUCCGGCAAUUUGGUCGAUCAUUCGGAUUUGGCAGCCACCGAUUUUCCGAGCUCCGUGCCGCUGCCCGAGGACAUCCAUCUCAAAAACGAGCCCAGUCUGCACGAGGAGGUGCGCGAAUGGGUGCUGGCCGUCAGCAUGGACCAGCAGGUGGAUCAGCUGCUGCCCAACGAUGAUCGCGGCCUCUACGAGUCCAGCUUGGGUCCAAACGAUCUGCCCUGUCUGCUCAGCGGCUAUCCGGUGCGUGGCCGCCAGCCCGUCACCUUCUCCGCCUCCAGCAACCAGGUGAAUCGCGAUGUCUGGAGCAAGUUCGCGGUGGCCGUCAAAAUGGCCCCGACCAGCAGCGUAACGGACAUCAUUGGCUUCGUCGAGAAGUGGCAGGGCGUGGCCAACUAUGUGAUGCACUAGAACCAAAGCGUCAUAAACUUCUCAGUCGACCCUCGCAUAAAUAAUUGCAUGUGCUUUC